CCCCGCAUCCGUAUCUCGGAACCAGCCAUGCCUACUGGGUGCUUUUCACCUCAUCCAGGGACGCACCCCGUCUCUGCCAUCUCACCCCGAUCACCUUGCCGCCCCCAAACUUCGCCAUCUCCGCGUAUGAGGAAGCUGAUGCUGACCCUGCCGCUUGCUGGACACAUGGUCCGGACGAAUUGCCAACGCAGGCACAGCUGGCAUCCCGGCGUCUUGCAGUGUAGCCAUCCACAAUGCGGCCAGCGCAGUGUGAGUCUGGAGGCUCUCGACCCUGUGGAGAUGGAGAAGGUUCAAUGCGGCAGUCUGAAAAAGCGAGACCCUCGCCGCGCCCCCAUCACCGAUUACACCGAGGAUCUGGAGUCCCUGCUGUCACUCAAUGAGGAGGAGGAGGAGUCAGGCUCACAGGUCUUCUCUUUCCAGGAGGUGAAGUCUCCUCUGCAGAAAUACAGUAUGUCCGUCCCGUCUCUUUGCAUCACGCCGUGUGAACCAGGUCCCUCUCUCACCAAGCAGCGUCCUCACUCUCACGCCCAAGCACAUUCUUCCCUUUCCUCUCUACUUGGAGGAUCUACACAGAGUCUCCAGGUUGAUGCAGAGCUCAGUGGUGAGCUUUGGGACAGCGAAGAGACGACGGAGGGCCAGGGGGUUCAAAACAAGGAGAGCGAGAAGCCGAACGGCCUGCGCUCGCUGGUUCGGAGUCUCAGCUUCUUGGGAAAGAUGGCGAAGAAUAUCAAGAACAAAGAGAAGGAGCGCAUGAAGGAGCGGGAGAAGGAAGCGCGCGAGAGGGAGGCGCGCUACAGCAACGGCCACCUGUUCACCUCUCUGACCGUGUCGGCCACCACGCUCUGCUCGGCCUGCAACAAGAGCAUCACGGCCAAGGAGGCGCUCAGCUGUCCCACUUGCAACGUCACUAUCCACAACCGAUGCCGAGACACGCUGGCCAACUGCGCUAAAAUGAAGCAGAAGCAGCAGAAGUUGGGAGCGAGAAACAGUUCAGCUCUUCAGAAUGUGGCUCUCCGCACCAAAACUCCCAUCAUCAAGGAGAGGCCGAGCUCGGCCAUCUACCCCUCCGACAGCCUGCGCCAGUCUCUCCUCGGGUCCCGGCGAGGACGUUCCACCCUGUCUCUCAGCAAGAGCGUCUCCACCAACAACAUCGCAGGAAAUCUGAACGACGACUCUCCACUGGGUUUGAGACGAAUCCUGUCUCAGUCCACGGACUCGCUGAACUUCAGGAACAGAGCCAUGUCCAUGGAGUCUCUGAAUGAUGACGGAGAGGUGUAUUACGCCUCCAUGCUGGAGGAGCUGGAGAGGGAGGGCCGGGACUUCGUGGCAGACUCGUGGAGUUUGGCGGUGGACGCGUCUUAUCUGCAGACUCACCGCAAAGACGUCAUCAAGAGGCAGGACGUCAUCUACGAGCUGAUCCAGACCGAGCUUCACCACGUGCGAACGCUGCGCAUCAUGGAGGGCGUGUUCCGGCGCGGCAUGCUCGAGGAGGUGAUGCUCGAGCCGGGCGUAGCGCACGCCGUCUUUCCGUGCCUCGACCAGCUGGUGGCGCUGCACUCCCGCUUCGUCAGCCAGCUCCUAAGCCGACGGAACCACAGCCUGGCGCCGGGGAGCGCCAAGAACUUCACCAUCCAGCAGCUCGGGGACGUCCUGGUAGAGCAGUUUUCAGGCCAGAACGCAGACGAGAUGCUCAAGUGUUACGCCGAGUUCUGCAGCCGCCACCUGAAAGCCGUGAAGCUCUACAAGGAGCUGCUGGCACGCGACAAACGCUUCCAAAACUUCAUCCGGCGAGUGAGUAGAGGGUCACUCCUUCGUCGCCACGGAGUCCAAGAAUGCAUCCUGCUGGUCACACAGCGCAUCACCAAGUACCCAGUGCUGAUCCAGCGCAUCCUUGAUAACACAAAAGGUAGCGAGGAGGAAGCCGAGUCUCUGACGCAGGCGCUGGUUCUGAUCCGUGAGCUCCUCAGUUCUGUGGAUCAGCAGGUCCAGGAGCUGGAGCUGACUCAGAAGCUGCAGGAGAUCCGGGCUCGCCUGGACCCUCGCGCCGAGACCGAGGUGAGGGGCGGAGGGGUGUUCCGAGGGGGAGAACUGCUCCGGAGAAGACUCCUCCACGAGGGAACGCUGCUGUUAAAAACCGCACAGGGGUCCAGACUCAAAGACGUCCAGGUCCUGCUGAUGACGGACAUCCUGGUGUUCAUGCAGGAAAAAGACCAGAAAUAUUUUUUCCCCUGUCUGGACAAGCCUUCGGUCCUGUCGCUCCAGAACCUGAUCGUCAGAGAUAUAGCCAAUCAGGAGCGAGGGAUGUUCCUCAUCAGUGACUCCACCCCUCCGGAGAUGUACGAGCUGCACGGCGCUUCCAAGGAAGAUCGGAACAACUGGAUGAAAAUCAUCCAGCAGGCCGUGAGCAGAUGUCCCUCCAGAGAAGAUUUUCCUCUGAUCGAGACGGAGGACAAAGCUCUCAUGCGUAGACUCAGAGCUGAUAUUCAGCAGAAGGACCGUGAAGUCCUUGAACUACUACAGGAGCGCGUGACCCUGUUUUCAGACCUGGCAGAGGUCACUGGAGGUCAAGAAAUCACGAUGCCCACCAGCUCUCGGAACGUCUUCAGAGCCGACACGCCGCACGCACCGCAGGCUGAGAAACUCCUCAACAACGCCAUUGCUGAAGUGGACAGAUUAAGCGAACUGCUUCUCGGCUCCAGCGUCGAACUUCCUCAUUCCUGCAGUACCAACACUGACCAGAACCACACGGAGGCGCCAGUGAGCAACGGAGAGACGAUUUCGGUAAACGGAAGUCACGAAGGGAACAGUACGUCACAAAAAGACAGAAACGGAAACCAGCUGCAGGACAGAACUUCCAAUGAGGAAGUUUGCCAAAGACUCGUAAACCUCAGCACGCAUCUCCACGCACUACAGGCAGCAGUUAUCAGACAGGACUCCAUCCUGGAGCUGUGCAUGCGAGACGGCUCUACCUCCACCUCCUGCUCCACGCCGACCACCUCCACCCCCAGCCCUCUCGGCUCCGCCCCCCUGCGUCUGAGCCGCUCGCUGUCGGGUAACGCCCUGAUGGAUGGUGUGGUGCCCGGGGCGGGCACCGAUCAGGCCUUGCUGCAGAGACACUACACCCUUAUGCAUGAGGAGGUGUGUCGCCUGCGCCCGCUCGAGGCACGGCUGAGGGAAAGCGAACGGGCGAGGGCGCAGGUGGAGGCGCAGAUGAGAGAGCUGCAGGGCACGCACAGACGAGACAGCACGGACUCAACAAGCUCACAGCGGAGAGGAAGUGACGGGGGCCACAUCCCCCUCGCCCCGCUGGCCUGUCAGGAACCGGACCAGUUAGACGGCGUUCAGGAGGGAAGUGAGGAAGAAGACUCCGAAGAGGAGGAAGAAGUGCGGAUUUCGCCACGCUCGGACAGUCCCAGAGAUCUGCAGGACAUCCCAGAGGAGAGCGAGUGUAUAAGCGAAGCUCCGGACGGUGACUCCAGUCACAGUUAACAUCAGGUCCAGUCCGAAUGCCCCGCAUACGAAAACGCUACACGACGCCUCCGCUCAAGGAGACGAGAAAAAAAAAAACUUUCUCAGGCUUCUCAAGGACGAGAUUUUCGAAGCGAAGCGGAGAAAGAAGGAUUCUAAGGACUUUGUCUUUUGCCUUUAUACUCAUGGACUCGAGCAACAUUUGUCUUAAUAAUAAUUUAUCUCAGAAUAACCUCUCCUAUCAUGAACUGUAGCCUACGACUGCCUGCCUUUCUUUAGGGUCUCCAAGCACUAAGUGCACGGAACACUCUUGUUUAUAAUAAUUUUUACUGUUUAGUAGAAAUGACUGAAGUUUAAAAAAAAAAAAAAAAGAAAGAAGAAAUAGAUAAGAUGGAUGGAAUCAUGAUGAAAUCAUGUACUGUAUGUUCAUCAUUUAUAAACGUGAAACCAUGCACAAACAUGGACAUCGUAAAAUAAUUUAUAGAAGUCGUUAAAUAAAUAAAAAAAGACGUUUUAGGCAAAAUUUUUAUACUUUUAUAUGCAAAAGCUUUUCAGCUCUGUGGAUGUUUUCAAGAAUGUGAAGUUUAGAGAAGUUCACAAAUAUGACUGACCCAUAAUCGAAGGAAGAAAAAAAAACAAUAAUAAUAAUAAUAAUAAUAUUUAAUAAAAGGAGACCAAAGUUCGUUCGGCAGUUAGUGAUGGAAAUCAUAAAUUAUACGCUCUUCUAUAGAUUAGACGACAGUGAUCAUGUUUAGUACGUUUUUUUGGUAAUGCAUGUAAACAUCAGAUAUACACACUCUCUCUUACUCUCCCCUUCCUCUCCCUUCCUCCCCCCAAGACACAAGAAGUGUUAUGAUCCAUCAGCCCAUAAUCAACAUUUUAAUCCACUUCAUCCUGCGUCGUUGUUCUGAAGUAGACGGACUAGCUGAAACUCAUUACUGGUCAAUGAAGGGUUUUUUCUGUACUUUGUGUAUAUUAUGUAUCUGUAUAAAUAUUUGGAAUGUUUUGGAAAAAAGGGCAAAAAGCUCAAAAGAAUGACCUUGUAUCUUAGUGUAAACCUUGUAUCUUUUUUUUUUUAAAGACUUUUAUGUUGUAAUUUUAUUGUUUUUAUUACUUGAACUUACCUGCUUGUUGGCAUUGUGCUGUUAAAAUAUACUGUAGGAUUUACCAAA